UUCCCAAUACAAAUCAACAAAAAAACCUAAAUAAAUAAAUAAAUGGUACCAGCAGCAACAGUGGUGUGUGGGCUCUAUCUAGUGGUACUCAAGAAUAUCAGCGAUUAAAAAAAUACCGUGCGAGUAUUGUGUGUAGUGUAUCUGUGUACAGUAUAUAUAAAUAGAGACAUAUCUAUAUAUAUUUUUACAUACGACAUAUACGAUUUGUAUACAAAUAAAAAUAUUCACCAAAAAUUUGCUGAAUUAAAUUAAAUUAUUAUUUCAUUAUUCAACGCUCCUUAAUUACAACAUAAGCCAAUUACUUAAUUACUUACAAGUACAAACCACAUAUUCCAGGCUAAGCUGAUGCAUUGUUUGGGGAUGAACUAUAUCUCAUCUUUCAGUAUAGCUCUUGAUUCAGCAACAAACUUUUGUCAGGGGAAGUGAAGAUAUGAACUGUGGUUGGUUACCUUGGUAAUGAAGCAGUGGAAGGGGAAAAAAACAACAACAUUCAAGUAGUUUCUUUUUGAAAGCAGAAGGUAACAUGGAUGAGCUUGAUUUGCUGUUGGAGGAGCUAGCUCUCAAUCCAGAAGGCAGUAAUACAACUGCCAGUGAGGUGCAAGCUGCAGUCAACAGUGGACCUAAGAAGGGAGCAAACCUAAAUGUUUACAGUGACUAUCCCCCUCCAGUGGAAGCUUCCCAGGAUGAUGAUUCUCCUACCAAAGAGCUGGAUUCCAUUUUACAAGAUCUGAUGAGUCUGGGAUCUCAGAAUGCAGAAUUUUCACCACUUUUCACCACUUCACCACGAGAGCAGAGGAAAGCAAAAGAUGGACAACAGGAGACCAGUUUGGAUUUAAAUGCAAAGGCUUCAGCAGAGAGCAAAGAUGCAGACAGUAUAGACAAUCUUCUUGGCGGGCUGACAACUGACCUGGAAAAGAUCGGCGUCCGCACCACAGCCAAGGGUCACUGUACUGCCUGUAACAAAGCCAUUGUGGGGAAGAUGAUCACGGCCAUGGGUGAAACAUGGCACCCGGAGCACUUUGUGUGUGCGGUGUGUAAGACAGAGCUGAGCACCACAGGUUACUUUGAGAGGGAAGGACGUCCAUACUGCACAAAAGACUAUCAUCAACUCUUCUCGCCACGCUGUGCCUACUGCAAAGGACCUAUUGUACAGAACAUCCUGACAGCUUUGGACCAGACGUGGCAUCCUGACCACUUCUUCUGUACGCACUGCGGAGACUUCUUUGGAGAUGAUGGUUUCCUUGAGAAGGAUGGGAAGCCAUAUUGUCGCAAAGACUUCUACCACCUCUUUGCUCCCAAGUGUGCAGGCUGUGGGGAGUCAGUGAUGGAGAAGUACCUGACUGCAGCUAACGGCACAUGGCAUCUGGAGUGUUUCGUUUGUGCGGACUGUCUGAAGCCCUUCUCCGAUGGCCGUUUCAUGGAGCUGGACGGUCGGCCGCUCUGCCAGACGCACUUCCACUCCCGACAGGGCACUCUGUGCGGCAGCUGCCGUAAGCCCAUCGUGGGUCGCUGUGUCUCGGCUCUGGACAGCAAGUUUCACCCAGAACACUUUGUGUGCGCGUUCUGUCUGAGGCAGCUCAGCCAAGGAAUCUUUAAAGAGCACAAAGGCAAACCGUACUGCUCAGCCUGCCAUAACAAACUCUUUGUGUGACAUGGAAAGAUCGAAAUGAAGAAUGAAUGAAUCAGCUCUACUUCAAUGUAUAUGCCAAGCUAUCUGAACAAAACAUAAAAAUCUUUGCUUUGUGUUAUAGCUGACAAACAAAUUAGUGCAAAGAGGAAUUAAUUUUAGUUUUUAGAAUACAGUGUAUGCAAUGGGCAAAGAAAGAAAGCUGAGAGCCCAAAAUAAUCCCUGGGCUGGACUUUGAACACCACUGCUUUAAUCAAUAAGUACCUGUAUAUCAUUCAGUCUAAGUACAGGGAUAGAAAUCAAGUCAUUUGUGCAUUUAAUGGAUUGUUGUUGUUAAGUAAAGACCUCCAUCGCAUUCAUCCAUUCAUUUUAGAAGUUACGACAUCUGGAAUAUCACAAUAUGUAUAUCAUAUAUAUAAAUUCCAUCCCAUAGACUGUGGUGGCAUGAAAAUGUGUUUGCCCUCUUCUUUAUCACACUUAAAUGUUUCAGAUCCUCAAACAAAUUUAAAUAUUAGUCAAUGACAACACAAGUGAACACAAAAUGCAUUGUGGGGAAAAAAAAUCCAAACCUACUUGGCCCUGUGUGAAAAAGUGAUUACCCCACUCUCACCACAGUAAGAGCCAUUAUCACAAAAAAGGGCAAAAUCAUGGAAAAUGUACUGUCAAGUGUACAACAUAAUUAAAUUUGAGACUGCCAUCCUCAGUGAUAAGACAUUCUACCAUGAAAUGUACUUUAUUUCUAAGGAUAUGUGAUGUAAACACUUUGCUGACUCAAUGAAUACAGAUAUUGACUGUGCUGGAGCUUCAUGGCCUGUUUCCAUGACCAAGAAGCUCCAUACAAGCCUUACAUCAGCAAGCAUGAUGCCAAAGUUGUUAAAAAAAACCUGCAGCCUGCUGCCACUGGACUCUGUGGAGUAGUGGAAAGUUAGCAUGUGGAGGUAUGAAUCAUGCUUCUCUAUCUGGAGUGUGGAUGAACGUUUGAUGGUGCAGGGAUAACAAAACUUGUAGAAGAACCCGGAUGAAGCAUGUUUAGAAAGAAGGGAGAUGAUGAAAUGGAGUUUCCAAUAAGCUAUUCUUGUUCAUGUGGCCAGACAGCUUGCACUGGCAAAAGUUGGCAUGGAGUCACUAUGCCAACCGGCAUUUUUGGCCUUCAGCACUGUAUGCACUUCAUCCUCCACUACACUGUUUCCUUUAUAGUACUACAUGGAAGAUUGAUGAUGGAGGGGCUCAAGUCAACAGAGUCGGUUUUACUAGUAGAGGGAGCUUCCAAACAUCACUUCAGGCUUUAAACAACUCACCCCAGGUGAUGAGGGAUAGAUCAGCCAUAAAGUGCUCUCAUGUUUUUGGACGAAAAUUGUACUUGCACAUGUACUUUGCAUGUUGUUUCAUUCCUUUGCUAAGUAAAACAAGGAUACAUUGUCAUACUGUAUAAAUGUAGUUAUA